AUGUGCAAUGGCAGCCUUGAACGGGCGCUCCGGUUUGUGUUCUUAAGUGGGUACUGGCGCGGGCUGGGGAGAAAAAGCGCCUGUCCUGGUGCGCGCGCCUCUUCUCCGGCAGCUCCUUCUGAGAGUCUCUCGCGCGCUUUUGGGAACUCGCGUCGCCGCUUUGGAAUUUGCGAGCAGCUAUGGCUAAGAGAAAAGAAGGAAGUUUUUCGUCACCAAGAUUCUACAAAAGACCUAGACAAGAAUUCCAAGAAGACUCUGAUGAUGACACGAAUGGAGAGGACUUUUCACAGCAGCCAAGUGACAGCAGUUUUAAUUCACAGUUGGGAUCGGGAGAAGUUGGGAUAAUAGAAAGUAUCCAGCUGAAGAACUUCAUGUGCCAUUCAAUGCUGGGCCCGUUCAAGUUUGGCUCCAAUGUCAAUUUUAUUGUUGGAAACAAUGGAAGUGGGAAGAGUGCUGUGGUCACUGCCCUUAUUGUAGGGCUUGGUGGAAAAGCUAUAAUGACAAACCGAGGAUCAUCUUUGAAAGUGUUUGUAAAAGAUGGGGAAAGUUCUGCAGAUGUUUCAAUAACUCUGAGAAACCGAGGUGAAGAUGCAUUUAAACCAGAAUUGUAUGGUGACACAAUCACUGUCAAUCAGCACAUCAAUGUGGAAGGACAUCGUAGUUACAAACUGAAAAGCAGCACAGGUACAUUAAUUUCUGCUAAGAAAGAAGAACUUACUGCAAUUCUGGAUCACUUUAACAUACAGGUGGAUAAUCCUGUGUCUGUGCUCACCCAGGAGAUGAGUAAACAGUUUUUACAAUCUAAAAACGAAGGAGACAAGUAUAAGUUUUUUAUGAAAGCUACGCAGUUGGAGCAGAUGAAGGGAGACUAUUCAUACAUCAUGGAAACAAAAGCAAGAACACGUGAUCAGGUGGAACAAGGAGGAGAGUUUCUUGAAGAGUUGAGGAAACAGUAUUCGGAGAAAGAAGACCGUUAUAAAAAUAUGGCUUUCGUGAGUGAAAUGCAAAAUAAACUCAAGGAGCUGCAGCAUCAGAUAGCUUGGGCAAUGGUCACAGAAACUGAAACUGAAAUAAAACCAAUCAGAGACAAAAUUGAUGUUCAGGAAGCAAGCACUGAAAAAUUUGUUCGGAAAGUUGAAGAAUGGCAGGUUAAAGUAAAUGAGGCAGAAAAAAAGCAUAAAUGUAUGCAAGAAAAACUGGAAGAGAUAAUGGAAGAAGCUCAGACAUUGGCGCCAACCUGUGUUGCCUUGAAAAUGGAAGUGCAGAAAAAAAAGAGAGAGUGCAAUGAUGCUGAGUCUGCAUAUAAUAGGUCUCAAGCUGAACUGAAGCGCUUGGAAAAAGAUGAUGAGCAACUCUGCAAAAAAAUUAAAGAAAUAAAAAGCAGCACUCAUGAAGUAUCGGCUCCUGAAGAGUUGGAAAGGGAAAGAAAAACCGAGCAAUUAAAAGACCAGCUGAGGGAAUGUCAUGCUCAAGAUGAAUUAAUUCGUGAAGAAAUUUCGCAGUAUCAAAAUACUGUGCGUGGAUACAAAGAAGAAUGUGCUGGACUUCAGAAGAAAGAGCGUGAACUGAAGGCAAUAUUGGAAUCUGAGCAACAGCAGCUAAGACAGUUGAGGGAGAGCAGGACCAACAGGCUGAAAAGAUUUGGCCGCUAUAUGCCAGCCCUUUGUGAUGCAGUUGAGAAGGCUUCUCAGCAGAGGAAGUUUAAAUGCAAACCAAUUGGACCCAUAGGUGUUUUUAUUCAUCUGAAAGAUGCCGAACUGGCUUUGGCUGUUGAGUCAUGCUUGAAAGGCUUGUGUUUAGCAUUUUGCUGCGACAACCACAGCGACGAAAGAGUAUUACAGACACUGAUGUCACAGUUCUGUCCUGCUGGCCAUCGACCUCAAAUCAUUGUUAGUACUUUUUGGAAUAAUAUUUAUGAUGUAAGGCAAAAGGCAGUUGAUCAUCCUCUCUACCCUUCAGCGUUGACAGCACUGGAGUUCGAUAAUGCUGUGGUUGCCAACUGUUUGAUUGACAUGCGGGGUAUAGAAACAGUCCUGUUGAUCAAAAAUAGCAUGGAAGCUCGUAAAGUAAUGUUGAUGCAAAGGCCUCCGAAAAAUUGUAGAGAAGCUUUCACUGCUGAGGGCGAUCAGCUGUAUCACAAUCGAUAUUAUUCUUCUGACUUUACCACUCCCAGGUUCCUCAAUAGAGAUGUGGAAGCAGAUAUAAGCAAUUUAGAAAAAGAAGUUGAAAACAAAAAAUCUCAGCUUUCCUCUUGCCAACAACAAAUGUCUUCUAUUAACAAUGAUAUAAGAAAGAAUCAAAACAUCAUUAGUAAUCAUCAGCUGCAGCAAAAACAAAUACAGGUAACAAUGAGAAAAAUAAAUCUAGAAAUUGCAGAUAUGGAAGAACAACAGUCUGCCAUCAUAUCUACAUUAGAAGAUGAAGCUGAAGAGGUCAAGAAAAGGAUGGAAACUGUUAAGAAAGGGAUACUUCAGCAGAAGAAGGAAAUGGAGGAAGGGAAACAUAGACUACAAGAGGCAGAACAGAAAUUAGCAGCAAUUAAAGACAAAAUUCAUCAAGUAGAAGAAGAAGCAGGCCCAGUCAAGGAUGGACUAAGUCAAGCAGAUGAUGAUUUGGAAAACAGUAAAAAUACCAUGCGACAUUAUGAGGGAAAAAAGAAAGAGCAUUUGGAAUCCAUUAAAAAACUUAAAAAUCAUCUAGCUGACAGAGAGAGCGUAUUGACGGAAACGAUUGCAAAGGCUUCUGAAAUCUACCCAGAGAGGAUAGAAGUAAAUAGAACCGUUAAGAGUCUUGAUACAGAAAUGAAUCGCUUGAGAAAGAGGAUAAAUUCAGAAAAAGAGCGUACUGGAGAUAUGGAGGAAAUAAUAAGACAACUUCAAGAAGCAAAAGAAAAAUAUAGGAGUGCAGAGAGUGAAGUCAAGAACUUGAAGAAAUUUAUUAAACUAUUGGAUGAAGUGAUGGUUCAAAGAUACAACACAUUUUUACAUUUUAGAAGGUUCCUGACGAUGCGGUGCAAACACUACUUUAACUCUUUGUUAAGUCAGCGAUCAUAUUCUGGAAAAAUUGUGUUUGACCAUAAAAAUGAAAAACUUUCAAUUACAGUUCAACCUGGAGAGGGAAACAAGGCUGCUCUGGAUGACAUGAAGUCUUUAUCUGGGGGUGAACGUUCGUUCUCUACUGUGUGCUUCUUCCUUUCCCUGUGGUCAAUUGCUGAGUCUCCUUUCAGAUGUUUGGAUGAAUUUGAUGUCUUUAUGGAUAUGGUUAACAGAAGAAUUGCAAUGGACAUGAUGCUUAAGAUGGCAGAUUCUCAACGUUACCGGCAAUUUAUUUUCCUCACACCGCAGCAUAUGAGAUCCUUGCCUCCCAGUCCCAUUAUCCGAAUUCUCCGAAUGCAAGAUCCAGAGAGAGGACAAAGCACACUGAAUUUUCAUCAUAGAGGUGAAGAAGAUGAAGAUGAAGAAUGAGUACCUUGUAGUACACAUCAUUACAUUUUUGUGCUAGUGCCUUCACUGCAUUGCACCAGCUGUUCUGUUUGUACAAAGAAAGAACAGAAAUAUAUUAUUCAUGGAAGCAAGAGACAUGCCACUUUUACUGUUCCACAUAUAUUUCAAAAUACCAGAUAGCAGACAAUAAAUGCACUUUACGUAA